ACGUGUUCGUUCAUAUCUAAUUGUCCUAUAUAAUAGAUACCUCUAUAAACAUCUCCAAUAUUUUUUAAAAUUUAGUUCUGAAUUAGUCAAAUUUUAUUCCUUUUCGCCUUUCAGGUUCUGAUUAAUUGAAUUCUCGCUCUAAUGGAGGAUUGUUCUCUACCUAAGGAUGCUUACUUUCUUGGAUUUGAUAGCUCUACUCAGUCAUUGAAGGCAACUGUAUUGGAUUCGAACCUCAACAUUGUUGCUGCAGAGAUAGUUAAUUUUGAUUCUGAGUUGUCACAUUACAAGACUAAAGAUGGUGUUUACCGGGACCCUUUGGUUAAUGGGAGAAUUGUGUCGCCCACUAUAAUGUGGGUCGAAGCUCUCGACCUCGUACUUCAGAGGCUUCAGAAAUCAAAUUUGGAUUUUGGAAAGAUUGCUGCUGUUUCUGGUAGUGGACAACAACAUGGCAGUGUGUAUUGGAAGAAUGGAAGUUCCAAAAUACUGUCAUCAUUUGACCCGAAAAAACUAUUGAUUGAUCAACUUCGUGAUGCCUUUUCCAUCAAGGAGUCUCCUAUAUGGAUGGACAGCAGCACCACGGAACAAUGCAAGGCAAUUGAGAAAGCUGUUGGUGGUGCAUUGAAAUUAUCUGAGCUUACUGGUUCACGUGCUUACGAGAGAUUUACUGGCCCACAAAUUCGGAGGAUAUCUGAGACACAACCAGAAGUUUAUCAGAACACGGAAAGAAUCUCUCUUGUCAGCUCCUUCAUGGCAUCGCUUCUUACAGCGAGUUAUGCUUGUAUAGAUCAAACUGAUGGUGCAGGGAUGAAUUUAAUGGAUAUAAAAGAGAGAUCAUGGUCCAAAAUAAUAUUGGAGGCUACUGCACCAGGCUUGGAGGAAAAACUUGGCAAAUUAGCUCCUGCACAUGCUGUAGCUGGUUUAAUAGCUCCCUAUUUUGUGGAGAGGUACGACUUCAACAAAAACUGCUUGAUCGUUCAGUGGUCUGGUAAUAAUCCUAACAGUGUGGCAGGGUUAACACUCAACAGUCCUGGGGAUCUAGCCAUCAGUCUUGGUACUAGGACACUGUACGUUUUUGGAAUCACAACUGAACAUAAACCAUCCUUAGAAGGGCAUGUCUUUCCUAAUCCAGUGGAUCCAAAAAGCUACAUGGUUAUGCUGUGCUAUAAGAAUGGGUCUCUGGCCCGUGAAGAUAUACGUAACCAGUGUGCGGAUAAAUCUCGGGAGGUUUUUAAUAAAUUUUUGCAGCAAACCCGACCUCUAAAUGGUGGAAAAUUAGGCUUUUAUUACAAAGACCAUGAAAUUCUUCCUCCUCUUCCAGUCGGGUUCCAUCGUUAUGUUCUUAAGAAUUUCAAUGGAGAGUCUUUAGAUGGAGGAAGUGAAUGUGAAGUCCAGGAUUUUGACCCUCCUUCUGAGGUUCGGGCAUUAGUUGAGGGCCAGUUGCUUUCUAUGCGAGCUCAUGCUGAAAGAUUUGGCAUGCCUUCACCUCCAAAGCGGAUCAUUGCUACUGGUGGAGCAUCAGCAAACAACUACAUUCUGAGCUCUAUAGCUUCAAUUUUUGGGUGCAAUGUUUAUACAGUCCAAAGGCCAGACUCGGCUUCAAUGGGGGCUGCACUAAGGGCAGCUCAUAGUUUGUUGUGCAACAAGAAGGGCAAUUUUGUACCGAUAUCGAGCAUGUACGUGGACAAUUUGGAAAAGACAUCUCUCAAUUGCAAACUUGCUGCAACUGCUGGAGACCAAAACGGUUGUGAGAUUGAGAUAGGGGUUGCAAAAGUUCACAAGCAAAUGGAUAAAUAAUUGCUUAUAAUGCAUUUUGGUUAAUGGAUAGUAUAUACUAAGUUAUAUGAGGAUUUUGUCCAUUUUGUAUUUAUAUCUUUGAAAUUUGAUAAAUAUCUCUUUCAUUUCUGAAUAAUGUGCUGUAAAUAAUGAGAAUGGCGUGGUAUCAUUGCCAAGAUAACCGUUGUUUCAA